AUGACUUGUGGGUUGGUAAGGAUUCGUUUGGCUCGUUUUGGCAGAAAAAACACACCAUUGUAUAAUGUAGUGGUUUCAAAUGCUCAUAAAGCUAGAGAUAGCAAACCAAUUGAAGUUCUAGGUACAUAUAAUCCUGUUCCUAGGAAAGUUACUGACUUGGGGCCAAAACCAAUGUUGGUUAAGGAUGUAGAAUUGGAUUUUGACAGAUCCAAGUAUUGGAUAGGUGUUGGAGCUCAACCAAGUGAUACUGUAAUUAGAUUAUUUAAAAAAUGUGGUAUACUAGAUGAACAUUGGGGCCAAAAAUAUGUUGAAAGAAAAGUAGUACUUCCAAGAAAAGAGGUUCAAGAAUAG